UAAAGAUGAAUUUCCUGAUGAAAUAACUCCUUCUGGCUUAAGUUUGGAACGGCAGUGGUACCUUUUUGAGGAAGUAAGACCACAUAUUCAAAAUUUAUCCAAGCGUGAUUUUUAUUGUCCAAGGCCACAGCAGGCUAAACCAAAAAAGCAAAAUAAGUAA